UGCACAUUUCAGAAUAGUUUGUACAUGUAGAUAAAUACAUGUAUGUCAGAAAAAACAUAGAGAGUCGUGUUUCUUGUGCAACCAAAGUUGAAAUCACUGGCUUCACUUCGUCAGUUCAGGGGGUAUUUUGAAACCUUUGCAUGUACAUGUAUCUGCCUUUGUAGUGGAAAGAAGCUAAUGGUUGUUGCUUUUAAAGGAAUGAGCAAGUAUAUGUACGGCAUGUAAAAAGUACAUCAGUGAACAUACAUUUGCAGGGUUAACCUUAACACCAUGACUGUUUUCCCAGGAACAUCAUUGCUCAUUUUCAAAAUUGUGAAGUCUGGUGCUUGUCAAUAAGUCAGUUGACGUUGCUUUUUGAAAACUGAGCCAACUCAUCAUGGAAGAUGACAGUGAUGUACAGUUUUACCUGUCGCUUAGGAAUCAAAGAGAAUUCAGAAAUUCACAUGGAGUCAUGACGUCAGAGUUUUAGUUUGAAAAAGUACUGGUUUAUUAUUCAUUGUUUCUCCUGCAAUAUGUUACCAACUUUUCAGUGACAGAUUACAUUUGGAUAAGAAUGCUGUAAGAUGUGAACACUUUUGAAAUUCUGAAAUAAACACACACGCACAAAGCUUCCAAAACCUAAAUACCAUUGACAGUAUCACUUCGCAGACAUGAAAUCAGCCACAUUUUAUUUGCAAGUUUUUGAUGAAGAAAAUCUCUUUAUCUUUUUGUUACAGGUCAAUCCGAUCUUUCGUUGUGAAGAUUUCAUCUUCUUUAUGAUUCCUGGCUCUUUAGUUUUUGUUGGAAGUUAAGUCUUAGUUCUACAUGGACAUGUACCCAUAAUCUGCAUACAAGUGACACAUACUGUACAUGUACAUGUACAUGUAUGAAUGCACCCGUACUUACAGUCAGGGGUUUCAAAAUGUUUCAUAGUAGCAGGCAGAUGGAUGAAAGCAGGCGGCAGUGAGUCCAUCCCCUAUUGACCUUAUUCAUAAAAGUAAGAAGUUGUCGGACCAAGGUCCCAAUGAGAAGGUGCCAAUAUUGAUGGUCAUAAUAACUGUGUACAACUAUGUUGUUUUGGCCAUUAUUGGAUACAUCAAGGAAUACUUGUGGAAAUUGGGUGUCCUUAAGUCCCCUGGGGCUUGUGAGUCUCCCAAAUUGAAGGACUUUGUUCCACUUUAUCAAGACUUUGACAGCAUUUAUAUUCGCAAUAUAUAUCGGAAACUUAAGGAUGUAUUUGAGGUUCCAAUCUGUAGUGUUCCUGGUGCAGAAAUGGAUGUCAUGGAAAGGCUGUCUCCAGACUAUAACUGGACUUACACUUACACGGGGCGAAGUUUCAGAUGUAUCAACCUGGGCUCUUAUAACUACCUUGGCUUUGCUGAAAACUCAGGACCACGUAAUGAAAUGGUAGAAAGUGCGGCACGAUACUACGGGAAUGGUGUCUGCAGCUCUAGACGAGAAUUAGGUACUACAGACAAAGUCGAGGAGUUAGAGAGGUUAACUGCCCACUUUCUUGGAACUGAAGCUGCAAUGACGUUCAGCAUGGGCUUUGCUACUAAUGCUUUGAAUAUUCCUUCCUUGGUGUCUGAGGGUUGUCUGGUGAUAAGUGACAAGUUCAAUCAUGCUUCCUUGGUGCUUGGUAUAAGACUGUCGGGUGCAUCAGUCAAGGUGUUUGAACACAAUGACAUUGAUGAUCUAGAGCGUGUUUUGAGAGGAGCAAUCUCUUCUGGUCAACCAAGAACUCACAAGCCCUGGAAGAAAAUUCUGGUAGUUGUAGAAGGGAUCUACAGUAUGGAAGGGUCCAUUGUCAAACUGCCAGAAAUUGUAGCUCUCAAGAAGAAAUACAAGUUCUACCUCUAUCUGGAUGAGGCUCACAGCAUAGGUGCCCUUGGCUUGAGGGGAAGGGGAGUGUUGGAUUUUUAUGGAAUCGAUCCCAAGGAAGUAGAUAUCCUCAUGGGAACUUUUACGAAGAGCUUUGGUGCUUGCGGAGGAUACAUAGGUGGAAGCUCAGAACUGAUUGAUCACAUCAGAAGGCAUUCUCAUAGUUCAGCAUAUGGUGCCUCAGCCCCUGCUCCUAUUGUGCAGCAGAUUAUCUCAAGUAUGACAGCCAUCAUGGGAGAAGAUGGUACAAACACAGGUCAAAACCGCAUCAAACAACUAGCUUGGAAUACCAAGUACAUGCGCCAUCGACUCAGGGAGAUGAAAUUCAUUGUCAUUGGUCAUGAUCAGUCACCAGUUAUACCUGUUAUGAUAUACAUGCCAACAAGUGUUGGCGCUUUCAGCCGCAUAAGCCGACUGAGGGGCUUGAGCACAGUUUCUGUGGGAUUUCCAGCCACAAACCUCAUUGAAGCAAGAAUCAGAAUCUGUCUUUCAGCCGCACAUACCAAGGAGAUACUGGAUAAGGCAUUGGAGAUAAUAAGUGACGUUGGAGAUGAGAUUUGGGCUAAACGGUCCAAACUGCUACCACCCCCAGCGCUGUCCGACGAAGAACUAAAACAACCUGUUUGGUGUUGACGAGACUGUGAAUCAACCUCUUACAUGUAACUUGGUGCUCCACAUCUUUCUACUCUUUCUGCUCUUUGAGUGGAAUACAUGUACAUUGCAUUGAUAGUCCUAGGUAAGGAUUUAACAAUGAGAAGUAACUCUGUGCGCAAUAGUUACUCAGGCAUAUGAUUACAGAAUGCAUGUGUUUUUGAAUUAUCCCUUCAUGGAGUAGGUAAGUUAAGUCACUACCAAGCAUACUUAUUCUAAUUCUUUCAAUUUCACCAUUAUGAAACAGUUGUUACUUGUAUGCAACACAUGGCAAAAUCCUGAAUAAAUCGCUGCAUCAUAUAUCACUGAUAAAGUCUGAAUGGUUAUUUCCAUGGAUAAAUUCUUACGUUUAUACCACCAAUGGGAUCAGAAAUUUCUUGAGGCUGUCCAGUAGAGCUUCCAUUUACUGGAGAAUGGGACUUCUAUUAUUGGCCGCACCAUGUAUUGGGAUGAAAAAUUCAGUGAUGCAUGAUCAGCAAUCUUAGCAUUUGAUGUGUGACAGUGGGAUUUUCCUCUGUGGAGAUGUUUCUAAUGAAAUCUGUUGAUAAUCUGCCAUAAUCAGAGAACAAUCUUGGGUAAAUCAUCAGGGUGUUUCUAAGCUGAGGAUGUUGAAGUCUGAUAUCUCAUAGCAUUUCUGUGCAGUGUGAAUGACAAAUGGGGAAAUUAAUCUUCUUUUGUUUUGAGUGACCACAUUUUUUGUUUGGCUUGUUUGGUUUUGGUUGGUGUUGAUGGGGUUUUUGUUAUCUUUUGAUGGGUGUAUCCGAUCAGGUGUUGAGUGCCUUGUUUAACAAAAGAGUAUUUUGCACAUAAUGGUGGUGCCUUGGCAGUGGCAUUACAGUGCAGCUGAUUAAUACACAGUAUAACUCACUAAACACUGAAGAAAUGUCCUCUAGAAUAACCUUCAGUCUGUCACCCCAUGCCUUUAAAUUGUGCCUCCAGUACUAGCUUUGUAAAUACAAAUGUAUUCUACUUGAAGUCAUUUCCAAAGAUCAAGUUAUACGUAAUCUAAUACCUUUUAGCCUAUGUUAAUACAGUUCAGCUCUAACUUUGAAUGUGUGAAUUACUGUGUGCAAAUGAGCCAAUGUUGUUAGGCACAUUUCCAAGCAAUUUGCUAUUGGAUGUAGUAUGCACAAAAUUAUGUUAAACUCACACUUUUUAAAUUUGACAAUAUUUCCUCGUUUUGUUUUCUAUAUAUUUAGAUGUUUUUUGCACAUGAUGCCUUGUGUAUUCAGUCUUACUUGGAAAUAUAAGCUCUCUUGUUUCUGCAUAAAAAUUUCGGUCAUCUAUCUGCAGUGAGGAUAGCAAAGUUCAGUGGAACAAUUACAUUAUUACGAAAUUGCAACCACAAAUGCUCAAAUUAGUACUACAAGUAGUGCAUGUAUUCCAUUAUAAUAUUGUUUGGAGUGUUUAACAACUCCAAAAAUCUCAUUCCAAAUAAGUGGGAGAAACAGGAGCAUUAGUUUUGUUGAAAAACAUGUGGACAACAUACAUUUUAAAGAUGUUUUAGUGAAAAAGUUUCCUGUUGGCAACUGGAAGGCAGAUCGUGCUUCUGUGUUGAUUACACCUGACCUAAAAAUUAGCAUACUCCAAAGAAAAGAAAGAAAAAAAAUCAACUGUUCCCUUCACUGAGACCAUUAUUGGUGAAAAGAAUAAUUGUAAAUUCUCUUGUCCAGCACAAUUCGCACCAGAUGAAAUUAUUAUUGUGUCAUUUUAGGGUGAAGUCAUUAAUUGGGAAGUUAUUUUUACAACUUUUCACAAAAUAGGAAACACAUGUUAACCAUCAAUUACUUUUAACAACCAGAUUGAGGAGACUUGAAAUAAGAUAAUUUGUUGUUUUUCAUGACACUUGCAGAGAUUACUGUAUAACAUUAUAUUCCUCUUUGACCAGUGCAACAUUGUGAUUAGCCAAACUACACCUCUCAAGUUUAAGAAAAUGUGCAACAUGUGCUUAACGAGAGUGUGGUUCUAAUGCAGUAAUGGCAUUUCUUCAAAACUCUAUGUAAGAUAUAAAGGCUGGAUUGUUCCAAUGAGACCAAACUAAAUGACAUUGUAUUAUAAAACAGAGUCAGUUAAACCUACGUGUAUGGUUAAACUCUGUAUACCCAGUUGACCUUCUUCCUGUUAAUGACACUUACUGCAAGUUGAUAGCAGCAGUUUUUACUGAAGGUCAGAUUACUGCCAGUCUAUUCAUGGAUGAGUUUUGUUCAUGAAUUUAGUACAUACAUACAUACAUGUACAUACAUGUUUAUUUGAAUAUAUUUCGAUUUUGUUGGCUGUGUAGUUUUUCAGAUUUCUGGUACAUUUAACUCAGGAAUACUUACCAUUGAAAUCAUCUGAAGGCAUGUAUAGAAGAACUUGGAAGUGAAUAUGUGCAUGUUGCAACUAUUUGAUCUUCAAAGUUUCGAAACCUUGAAAAAGCAGAAUUAUUGAAGUAUGCUAUUGGAUAUUAAAUGUGAAAAACACUUUUACAUUUUUGGGCUGUCAUUCUUGAUGUUGCUUAACAUUGUUUGUAAAGUAGGGGAAAAUAAGGACUUUACUAAUUGAAAAGUACACCACAGCUGUCCUGUGUAUGACCUGAAGACAUACCCCAACCUUAUCCCCUGGAUUUGUUUUAGGUUAGUAUUCAUAUACACAUAAAAUGAUGCAACAAAGCUUUGUUGUGGAGUAUGGUGGUUCUGUAAAACUUGUCGUAUGUAACAUUUACCUUAAUUGCUUUUCUUGCUAGUUUUAGUACUAUGCUAUAAUUUUGCUAUUUGUGUUUUACAUGCUAACGAUCUAGAUCACUGACACUAAAGCAUUUAGUAUUUUUAACCUCAGUAUUGCCUUAAUUUUUAAUGCUUUGAUAUUUCAACUACCAAAAACAGAGUUUUUACUCUUUUUUGGGCACUGUGGUUAUUGUCUCAAAAUAGUCCGGUAUUGAAAGGAUAGAGCCUCUUGGACUUGAUUGAAGGCCAUGGUUUUUGAUGUGACAGUUCAAAGACUUGUCAUUUCUUUGCCUACAUACUGUUUAUUUAUUUUUGUUUAGAUGACUACAUCUACUGAAGUAUGGAGAAAUACAGCUAGCCCAUAACUUAAUUAUAGUCUGUAUUUUAUGACAGAUUGUGUUAGACAAACUAAUUUCCAUAUUAAGUUAUCUUUUGAUGGUUAUUUCAUUCAGUUUUGUGGUUAGUUUUGGAAUUAUGUGUUUAAUUCCCUCCCCCCCCACAAAAACUGUUUUAGUCCCUCAUUCUUGCCCACGUUAAAGAGUGUGGUUCCACCACUAUUUGUUUGGGGUACAACUGAGAGAGGCAAGGAUGUGUUAUACAUUAAUACCAGGAGUCUGCUGUCAGUGUGUUUGUGUUGUUUAGGUGCACACGGGCAGGACCUUUGCAUGGGGGAAGUUUCCCACCGUAAGGUAAAUUAGGAUCCAUUUUUUUGGAAUUUCUCUGUCCCACAGCAAUUUUGUUCCACUCAAAAUUGAUGUAAUGAUGAGUGUAUGUCCUCACAACCACAAAAUAAGUGUCUGUACAUUUGCAUUUUUUAUGUUCACAUGUGCAUUCCUUGUGUUGUGGGAGUGUACAUCCGCUGAACAGCGGGACAGAAGUUGGUGUGGAGACACACGAAAGUCCACACCACACAAUUUACAUGUGCACUUUCAUCAUGGAGCUGUGCUGUCAAUAUCUUCUUUUCCUCUUGAAUAAACUGUGCAUAUGGUCAUUUAGUUGUACAAAGUGUAAAGUAGAAAUAGCAUAAUUAAAGUUUGUUUAGAUGAACUGGAAGAAAAUGGAAUACCAGGAGUUCAUAUAAAAAUAUUGUUUAACUCUUUUUGUCAACUGUGAAGGCACUUUAUGACUAUUCAGCACACUAUUAAUAUUAAUAAGCUUACAAGAGCUUAUAAAUAGUAGUUUGAUUUUGCUACAACAAUUAUGAAGAAAGAUUUUAACAAUCUACAUGUAUAUGCCACUGUAAUUGCAUGUGAUUUUGUAAAUAUUUUUCCAUACAUCAAUUGAAAUAUAUUUAAUUUUGUCAUGGUGAUUGAUAUUUUUGAGAGAUGUAACUAUUGAGUAUAUUCCAAGUAUUGCAUUGAUGUUAGUUACGUGUGUGUAGUAUAUGGCAUUAUUUCACCAGUUGGAAGACUACACACAAGUCUUGAAGAUUGGCAGGUACAUUUUAAUCAAUUGGCAUAAAGGAAAUGACAUUCUAUGAUAGGGUUUGUAGAUCCUUAAAUGAAUGAUCAAAAAUAAUGAUUAAAAUCAGUUCAAACCUAUUCCAUCUGUUUUUGGAGAUGAAAAUCUUAUACACAGAGAUGCUUUAUUUUCAUUGGUAUUGACUACCAUUCUUAAAACUGGCUUCACUUUCAAAUUUUUGCUCGUUGCAAAUUUAGACUGACAGACUGCUGGACUGUUUCAAAUUUUGUAACUACAUAUAGUUGACUUGAAUUGUUCAUGUUUGUGGAAAAUGAUACACUUCACAAGUUUGCAAUAUCAUAGCAGUAAGUACAACCAGUUAAAUACAGUACUUGUAUUUGUGUUAUGCCAAAUACACCAAUGAUGUGAACUUUCCCUGAAAAUAAUAUAUUUGCCAAAAAGGCUUUCUUGCAUGUUUUUUUAAAAUUGUGGCCCAAUUAUUUUUGAUUUGCCCGUAACCCAUAGAAUUGAUGCACUUUUGCCAAGGUUUUGUACCAGUUACGUGGAAGAACUACAUGUAGUGGUGUAGUUGAUGUAAAAGUUGUACAUUAGAAGGUUUGUUAUUUCAAAAGUAGUUUAGAAUGUGACUUAUUACAUUUCAUAGCUAAAAAGUAGAGGUGUUAUAUAGCUUUUACCUAUGUUGUACCAAAAAGAUGAAAGAUACACAGUUUAUACCAUGGAGAAAUGCUUCAUUGGUUUUUUAAACAGUGUCGUCAACUUGAGUUGUGCAAACAUUGCUUUAGUGGUCUGUGCAUCCAAUUUUUAGCCAGUGCCUGCUCAUGCAAGCAUCAGCAGAGGAACGGUUUUAAAAGUGUGAGGGGGGGAGCUUCGGAAAUUGGACUGAAAAAAAUACAGUUAUGAAGUUACAGUGUACCUCCAACGGCUGGCAGGCCUAUAGAGUGGGGAGGGGGCAAAAUAACUACCUUUUCAAAGGAGUGUGAGUAGGGGGGGAACGGCCCCCAGCCCUCCUGGUUCUGCCGCUGGUGCAUGCAAGUCAUUCAUACAAAUCUCAGAUUGUUUACCUUCAAUUGAAUAUUUACCUUCAGUUGAAUAAGUUGUACACCUCACUUUCAUAAAAGGUUGUGUUUAGUAGUUUGUGUUUUAGGAGUUAAAACACUAAAAUAAAAAAUAACAGUUUGGUGUGUUAAUUAUAUGAAUUAGUAAGGCAGGUUAUGCAUGUGCAUGUAAUUGGUACAUUGCUGUAAUAAAGCAUUUUUUUAAAAAGA